CGCGCACCUGCCAGAUUCGUGAGCUGUUUCCGGUUGGGUCCUCCCAAUUUUUAUAUCUUACUCAGCAUCAUGGCAGACGAAUCAGAUUUGUCUAAAUCCUUUUUGUGGAGUGUAAAAAAUGGAGAGGUCGCUGAAGUGAGAAAUCUUCUAGCCAAAGAGAAAUCUCUAAUCACAAAGGCGAUAGCUGGAAGGAGCCCAAUCCAUUUUGCUGCAGAUUAUGGCCAAAAUGAGGUUGUGGAGUUGUUAGUGGAUAAUGGGGCUGGUAUAGAUGUUGAGGACCAAUAUGGUAUCACCCCAUUGCUGUCUGCCAUCUUUGAGGGUCACAAAGACACUGUUGCACUCCUGCUGAAAAAGGGAGCGAAGAAGAACGGAACGUCGCCAGACGGGAAGACGUAUCUAGAAUGUGCGGAAACAGAUGAAAUUAAGUCUCUCCUAAGCAAUCCUUAGAUGAAGGAUAUUUAAUGUUUGACCACAAUCUUUGUCCGAAAGCAGACCAAGUGUACAGAACAUUUCCUAUAACUCCCGAGUAUUUACGCAGUGCGUUAAUGGAGGAGGUGUGACGACAUGAGCUGUCACUGCUGUCUCUCAGUUUUAUGUCCACGUGGUGGAUACGUAGAAACCAAUCUUUUUUGAUGUUGCUAACAGGGAGUUAUACACCAUCUUGUAAGAACAUUCGUUGACAAUAUACUGAGCAAAACAAAUAAAGGAACACAGGAAAAUUCAAGUGUUCCUUUGAUAUUUUCUUGUUUUCAUAACCAGCAUUGAAUAGCGCUUUGGGAGGAAAUCUGAGAAUAAAUAAAGGAACACUGAUAUGAGGUGGUGUUACCUUAUUUGUUUCCCUCAGUAUAUAUACGGGACCAUUGUUUCAACUAACAAAACCUCUUAUUUAUGAUAUACUUUUUAUUAAGAUACAAAAGAUAAGAUGCUUUAUAUGACCAAAAUGUUAUGCGAGCUUUGAGCACAGCGUUUCACUUACACUUCUGGGUAGGGGGGGUUGACGAGUGGUUAAGGCAUUGUUUGUCCGACUGAAGGCCUGGGUUCUUUCCCUCAUGUGUACUAUGUGUGAGGAGUAUUUCUGGUGUGUCUUCUUCAGUUGUAUAAUACUGCUUCAUGAAACCCAACUCAGUAGCUCCCUUGGUUCCAUACUCUUGGGAGGUGGUAGGGUAGCAUAGUGGUUAGAGCAUUAGUUCAUCAUACCGAAGUCCUGGGUUCGAUUCCCCACAUGGGUACAAUGUGUGAAGCGGUUAAUGUAUUUGUUUCUCCUGCCGAAGAUCCAGUUUCGAUCCCUACAUGGGUACAAUGUGUGAAGUGGUUGAAGUAUUUCUUUGUCACGCCGAAGACCCAGUUUCGGUCCCUACAUGGGUACAAUGUGUGAAGCGGUUAAUGUAUUUGUUUCUCCCGCCGAAGACCCAGUUUCGGUCCCCACAUGGGUACAAUGUGUGAAGCCCAUUCCUGGUGUCCACCGCUGUUAUAUUGCUGGAAUAUUGCUAAAAGCGGCAUAGAACUACACUCACUCACUCCAUAUUCUUGUGUCAAUGUUCCUUGUUGCUUUCCACAACCUAAAUAGUUCUUAACAAUGGAAGGGAACUCCAACAUUUUUUAUCAAAGUGACAAUAAACCGCUGAAUUGUAGUGUUCAAAAUUAUAUAUUAUGUGUGAGCUGAUAAAUCCUGUGGACUGCUGAAGUAAUCUUUCAUUGCAUAUCAGUGGUAUGACAGUCACAUGAUCACCAGCCAUUGGACGACAGUAUAUUAAACUGUUACCAUGGUUAUGGCAAAACUGUUAAAAUACCUGACAUCCUUUUAUUCAGGGGGCGGUAGGGUAGCCCACUGGUUAAAGCGUUUGCUCGUCAUGCUGAAGACCCAGGUUCGAUUCCCCACAUGGGUACAAUGUGUGAAGCCCAUUUCUGGUGUGCCCCGCUGUGAUAUUGCUGGAAUAUUGCCAAAAGCGGUGUAAAACCAUACUCACUCCUUUGAUUUAGAAAAUAUGUAAAGAAAAUGUAAAUUUUGAUACUGCUCUGUAUAUGUAAGUAAUAUAUUAAGAAACGUGUGCUUUAAAAGAUAAUCCUUUAUUUUAGAAGGAUGUUUCCUUGGUAACCGAGAGUAUGGAGCACGAGGGCAUGGAUCAGUAAUUGUUCUUGUAUUAUUGUACAAACUACAAAGAUCUUUUGACGAAGCCAUUCCCCUUCCUGAGUUACUUGUGUGUGUUGGGUUAAACAUUGUGGUGAACGGAUUUGUUUGUCAAGCUGAAAGGUCAUUCUGUCGAGUCCCUAACCAGUUGUGGUGAAACAUUGCUAACAGCAGAAAUAACCCUACUUGCUCACCAAUUCUGACUGGAUAUUAUAAACUUAUUAACUAUAUUCAUUAACUCGCUGAUUAACUUUUUAAGAGUAGAGUGUAAUGUCGUCCAAUAUUAUAAACUUAAUUAUUAUAUUCAUUUACUCACUGAUUAACUUUUUAAGAGUAGAGUGUAAUGUCGUCCAAUAUUAUAAACUUAUUAACUAUAUUCAUUAACUCGCUGAUUAAUUUUUUAAGAGUAGAGAAUCCGAAAUGUCGUCACACCUCUGUAUAAUAAGGUUACUGGCUUGGUGCUUAUGGGAUAUUCUAAGAUUCUGAGCAGUUUUUCUGUUUCAGAAGAAAAUGUCUCCAAGAAGGAGUGCUCACAUACAAUAUUUUACGGUAGUUGUCAUCUAAGUGAUGAUAUUCCUUUUACACUUUUCUGUUUAUAUAAAAUCAUCAAAUUUGAACAAAAUGUUUAGUAAGUUAACUUUCAGAAGCUUAUAGAAUUUUCAAUGAUUGCUAGAUGAUCUGUUUUUUUUCCUUACAUAGCUGUUUAUACAUUGACGUCAAAAUUGGGCUGUUUUUGUCUAUUUGCUGAAUAUACUUAACAUGAAUAGGACCAUGAUUACAACUUAUUGAUGAAUGAUAUUUUCUAUAUGCUUGAAUUAUUUAAUAAAUUACUUACUUGCUUAUGAAUAGAACAUGCUUUGCCUUGAAGAAAAUGUGACCAAGAUUAGUCAAUAACUGAUCUCUGUAUAAUCAUUUUUGUAACAGAAACGUAUUUGAUGUUUUACAAGCCACUGAAAUAUUGAUGUUUUCAGAGAUGGGCAUUUUUUAUGGAUAAUUGAGAUGUUUUUGUAAACGUUGUGCAAGGAGCUUAUUGGCGAAGGUCAUUUUUGCUAGCGUCAUCCAACUGCAUCAAUGUUUUAUUGUUUUGAAUAUGGACAUGACUUCUUGACCAUUGUGUACAACUACAUUCAAUAGCCAAUUCCUUCAGUGACUAAAACUGUUUCCCUUAAAUAAAAAUAAUUUCUGAACAAAAAUGGCCACUACCUGGUAUUGUCACUUUUAGGGUUUGAUGUCGUUAGAAAUGAAAUGCAACGAAUGAAUGAUAUGGUGAUCUGCUUCAUAUCCAAUGACUAUGCUAUGUAUACUUUGAAGAUUUUUGUAUUGACAUAAGACUCGUGGUGUAAUGUUAUCAGUAUGGUACAGGGUUUCAUUAGAUGCUUAUGUUUGUGUUGCAAAUGUUAACAUUCACUUGCCUUGCUACUAUCACGACCAACCAGAUGCUACAUGACUACGUACACAUGCACUAACUAACUUUAAGCAUAGCCAUUAAUCAUAAAUUAGGCAAGACCCAAUUUUCUUUUGGAUAUUUGAGAAUAUAGGAUUCUGAAGAGCAAGGAUGACCAAAAUGUUUGGUUGGAAAUCAUCAUAUUAAAAAUAUUUAAAAAACAUUACAUUUUAAGACAGUUUUGAAAUUGUUUUUGCAAAAGUUCCUUCAAAAUAUGCCAUUGUGAAAUUUCAUGACAAACAUAGAACUAUCGCCCUUGCUCAUCACCAACUUCUAAAUGCCACUCAAAGAAAUUUCAUGACACCAUGAACAAGGAGAAAUUUGAAAUACGUUUGACUCUGAUAACAGGUAACUGUUAUUUCAUGAAGUUUUUCUUUUUUCACUAUUCAAACUUGACUUAUGUUCAUCUGUUUCAAAAGAACAAAGUAUGUCCUUAAAAGUGUCUCAUCUUUCUCUCUCCCCAGAUUUUCAUUCAAAUUUGAGACGUUACUUUCUUGCACGUCCAUAUAUGGAUUUCUUCGAGUUAACCUCUGUUAGUGCUGUAUCACUCACGUUUUCAUUUGUUUCCGAUCGGAUUUAUCGGAAUGAUGCCAUGUUUUCUAUUCAGAGUUUGUGUGAGAAAGAGUCUUAUUUUGUAGACUGUUGUCAUAACACAUGCUUUAGAUAUUUUUCUACCUGUACUUGGUAGGAUAUUUUUCUGUUGUCUAGUGGAAAAUAAAUCCAGAUUCUUA